GACUCACACCGGCAGCGGCGCAGAGGGACUGAGCGGCGGAGAUGGCGGCCUGCUGGUCGGAAGAGGAGCAGGAGGAGAAGAUACAUUCAGAGAGGGUGGUGAGGAAGCCGGUGGAGCCGCAAAUACAGGCGACAUCGGAAGAACUGCAGGCUGUGAGCUGAGUCAGCGACUCCUCCAAAAAUGAGGACGUGGGAGAAGGGACGUACAAAGACUGCCAACUUGGGUAGCGAAACAGGUGGCCGCACAGGUAGGAAGACCAGAGAUCUGGGCGGAAGCGAGGGUAGCCGCACCGAGCGUGGCCAAGAGGGUGAUAGUAGCAGCCUUCAUCUUGAGUAUAGAAUUGAUGGAAACAGCCAAAGGACGGCGGGGUCGAAAGGCCUUAAGUACCCACACCGCUACAAUUACCCCUCGCGGCCGAGGCGAGACUUAAGGGAUUUGAUUGGCGUUGUUUGCGACAUAGUAGAUGCGUUUAAUCGAGUUCGGUGGUUUCGGUUGUUGUUUCGCCUAGCCUGGGGACGUUCGACAUUGACGACCCAAAAGGGAAAUACGCGAUAUGAGGAAGGAAACAGCGUUUAGAGCGAGAGUUGCUGACUGACUGGGAAAACAUGUUGAAAUCCAAUUGAGCAACUGUGAUGGACAGUCGUCCUAUUGAGGGUCUUUAGGCGAGAGCACCGGCCGGUGUGUUUCACAUCUUGUGCCGCAGCAAGACGCG